UGCCGGGUCGUCCGGCCCAUGCGACAGAGAAACGGUGACCUGGUGAACCGGGCUCUCGUCCGAGGCAGCCCGCACCCCCCGGCGCCCGAAAAUGCUGAGAUCUAUGUGGAAUUUUCUGAAGCGUCACAAGAAGAAGUGCAUCUUUCUGGGCACGGUCCUUGGAGGAGUAUAUAUCCUGGGGAAAUAUGGACAGAAGAAAAUCAGAGAAAUACAAGAAAGGGAGGCUGCAGAAUACAUUGCCCAAGCACGACGACAGUAUCACUUUGAAAGUAACCAGAGGACUUGCAAUAUGACAGUGCUGUCCAUGCUUCCAACACUGAGAGAAGCCUUAAUGCAGCAACUCAAUUCGGAGAGCCUGACAGCUCUGCUUAAAAACAGACCUUCGAACAAGCUGGAAAUAUGGGAGGAUCUAAAGAUAAUAAGUUUCACAAGAAGUAUCGUGGCUGUAUAUAGUACCUGCAUGCUGGUGGUUCUCCUGCGGGUGCAGUUAAACAUAAUUGGUGGAUAUAUUUACCUGGAUAAUGCAGCAGUUGGCAAAAAUGGCACUACAGUUCUUGCACCCCCUGAUGUCCAGCAGCAAUAUUUGUCAAGCAUUCAGCACCUCCUGGGAGAUGGCCUGACAGAAUUGAUCACUGUCAUUAAACAAGCUGUGCAGAAAAUUUUAGGAAGUGUUUCUCUUAAACAUUCUUUGUCUCUAUUGGACUUGGAGCAAAAACUAAAAGAAAUAAGAACUCUUGUUGAGCAGCAUACAUCUUCCUCUUGGAUUAAUAAGGAUGGAUCCAAAUCUUUUUUAUGCCAUUAUAUGAUGCCAGAUGAAGAAACACCAUUAGCAAUUCAGGCCUACGGGCUUUCUUCCAGGGACAUUACCACUAUUAAACUUCUCAAUGAAACCAGAGACAUGUUGGAAAGUCCAGAUUUUAGUACAGUUUUGAACACCUGUUUGAACCGGGGUUUUAGUAGUCUUCUGGACAACAUGGCUACAUUUUUUCGACCUACUGAACAGGACCUGCAACCCAGUAACUCCAUGGCGAGUUAUUCCAGUGUCAGCCUGCCUUUAGCUAAGAUAAUUCCAAUAGUAAAUGGACAGAUCCAUUCUGUGUGCAGUGAGACACCUAGUCAUUUUGUUCAGGAUCUCUUGAUGAUGGAGCAAGUGAAAGACUUUGCUGCUAAUGUGUACGAAGCCUUUAGUACCCCUCAGCAACUGGAGAAAUGAUUUUUUUCCUUCAUGAAAACCUACAGUGGGAUUCAUUUACUUUUAAAAAUACAUGGAAUAAGUCUACUACACCUACAAUGACAAUUUGUUACCAAAAUACCUAAUAAAAAUAUAUUCUUAAUCCAA